AUGGCUGAACAGCCGGCGGUCGAUCACAGUCCUGAUCAUCUCCAUCAGCAUCAGCUCCUGGAGGUCUUCUGGACUCUGGCCACUCAGAUCCGCAGGUGUCAGAGUUCACUGACCUGUGAGGAGGGUCACAGUGGUCCCACGCAUGAGUCCAUACAGGCAGUUUUUGACCUUCAACCUUUCAGACCGGCGGUCAACCUCAGCAAUCCCACGGUCACCAACAUCUCCUUCACGCUCUACGCCGUCCUGGGAGUGAAUGAAAAGACCCAAAUACUCACCACGUUCCUGUGGCUGCGGUUGUAUUGGCAUCAUGAGUUUUUGGUUUGGGAUCCGGACCAGUGCGAUGGUGUCACCCGGAUUUCUCUCCCGGUCAAGCAGCUGUGGUCGCCUGAUAUUAUCGUGUAUGAGUUCGUGGAUGACGACGUCUCCCAAGCGUGUCCGUACGUCUACGUCAACCACACCGGCCACAUCCGCUGGGACCGAAUGCUGCGGCUGGUCUCGGCCUGCAACCUGAAGAUCUUCAGUUUCCCCUUCGACGUGCAGAACUGCACCUUCACCUUCGGCUCCUACAUGCACACCAUUCGCGACGUCAGGGUGAGUCCCGCUCUGACCUUCAAGGAGAUGUCAGGCAACUCCAAACGUUACUUGGAAGCCAGUGGAGAGUGGGAGCUGGUGGACAUACUGGGAGAGACCUCCAUCCUUCGCUUCGGGAUUGACGAGUGGGACAUCAUCACUUUUUGGGUGGUGAUAAAGCGGCGUCCAGUCCUGUACGUGGUCAACUUGCUGAUUCCCAGCUCCUUCCUCAUGCUCAUCGACAUCCUGUCCUUCUACCUGCCGCCGCACAGUGUGGACCGAGCCUCCUUCAAGAUGACCCUGAUCCUGGGCUACACCGUCUUCCUGCUCAUCAUGAACGAUCUGCUGCCCAGCACUGCCAACGGCACGCCCAUCAUCGGAAUCUACUUUUCUGUGUGUCUGGCUCUGAUGGUCAUCAGUCUUCUGGAGACUGUCAUCAUCACAAACGUCCUCCACCACAACUCCAUGAAGUACCAGCAGGUGCCUGAGUGGGUGAGAGUGGUCGUCCUCAAACACAUCGCCAGCCUCAUCUGUUACCGCUGGCCGGAGGCUCCUCCUCCUGCUCUCCCUCAUAGAGACACAUCUGAAGAAGUGAGGAGCUGGUCUCCUGCAGCACCAGCCGCCCAGCAGCCCAGCAGCAAGAGCAGCUCCACUCCAGCAGAACUGCAGCAAAUCUGUCAGUACCUGGGAGACCUGCGCGGCCACCUCACCUCGCUGAAGAAGGAGAGCGAGCUGCAGGAGCAGUGGUGCCAUGUCGGCUACAUCCUGGACUUCCUGCUCUUCCGCAUUUAUCUGCUGCUCAUUUGCUGCUACGCUCUGGUCAUCGUCUCCAUGUGGUGCAUCUGGAUCAGCCAGAGACAAACAACAUACCAGGAUUGCCAUGUUCUACUUCAGGACCAAGAGGCUGGUAGUCGCUGUGCCCCCUCUAACUGCAGCUGGAAGAGCCUGACUUUACCUGCUCUGUCUCCACCCAAGCAAACAAAAGAUGAACGACUCCUCUCAGUCGCAGAUGCAGCAGCCUUGACCUGCUCCAGCCCGACCCCAGAAGCCCUGGUCGACGCCCUUGAGAGGACUUUGUUUACUAAAAAGCUGAUACGCCCAGUAGAACGCUUCAGCGACGCUGUUAACGUGACUGUCGGCAUCACGGUGGUGGGGAUUUUAGGAGUGGAUGAGAAAGAGCAAACGCUGAAGACUUUCUUAUGGCAGUUGCUGGAGUGGAAUAUAGCAGGGUUAAGAUGGGACACAACUGAGUGUGGAACAGGAAGGAUCUCUGUUCCCCGAGAAAAUCUCUGGAUUCCAGACGUUCAAAUCGCUGAAUUCAUGGAAGAGGACAAGUCCAAAAAGACGCCAUAUGUGUAUUUAAACCACACUGGGGAUGUGUUCGAUGCUAAACCGCUGACAGUGGUCAGCACCUGCCCCUUAGAUAUAUACACCUUCCCGUUCGAUAUCCAGAACUGCACCCUGACCUUUGAACCGUACCUGCACUUUGCCACCGAUAUCAGAAUGGUUCAAGGUGCCUCUGCGGAACACAUCGUGGCAGAGUCCAAUGACGUGAUCGAGACUCACGGGGAGUGGCAGCUGUUGACCGUCCAAGUGGUUCCAUCCACUCUGGUGUUGGAAGAUGGAAUCUACUCUUCUGUCAAAUACCAUCUCAUCAUAAAGAGGAGUCCGUUGCUCUACGUGGUGAACUUGUUGAUUCCCAGCUGCUUCCUCAGCUCGCUGGACCUCUUCAGCUUCUUCCUGCCUCUUCAAAGUGUGGACCGAGGCGCCUUCAAGAUGACCCUGAUUCUGGGCUACACCGUCUUCCUCCUCCUCAUGAACGACCUGCUGCCAGAAACUGGCGAGUCCACACCCCUAAUAAAUGUUUUGUUCUGCGUCUCUCUGGCCUUGAUGGUGGCCAGCCUGCUGGAGACUGUGUUCAUCACUAACAUCCAGUUCAAAUCCAGCCAGUACAGCGAGGUGCCUGAGUGGCUCAGCACUCUGGUGCUGCGAUACAUGGCCGUCCUGGUUUGUGUUCCCCCAAAAAAGAACAUCAACCGCUCCACUGUUUCUAUAAAAGCGCCCUCCCAAGGGAUCAACAACAACCUGACGACUGCCAAGGUUCUUUCCACCGUCAGUGGGGAGGAGCUGAACGUGAAGCCCACGCAGGACGUGUUGCUGCAUGAGCUGAAGAAGAUCAGCGCGAACCUGAUGGCCAUCCGCCUCCAGAUGGACCAGCACUUCCAGGGCAGCACAACCUCCAAGGAGUGGCACAUGAUCGGGAUCAUCAUUGACCGGCUGCUUUUCGGCAUUUACAUCGCCUUCAUGACGGUCACUGCUAUUACCAUCCUGGCCAUCUGGAUUUCAAGCUCAACUUACUCUCCCUGACUGGAAAAACACCGGCCGUG